AUGGCUUCAAUCCCAACCGCUGAUGCUGAGCAGACCUUCGAGAUUAUCUCUUCCCUUCGAUACGAUCCUUCCCUACCACAAGCAACUCUCUACAAUUCCGACAGCUAUCCCGACCCCCAAAACUCGCCCUACUACCUCUUGGCGUACCAUCGUGACAGAUUGGUAGCUGCGGCGCGCCAUUUUGGAUGGGAAAACGCGUCAAAAUGGCUGCAGCAAGACUUGUCAAGCUUUGAAAGGUUCCUGGACGAGUCAAUACCGGACCGGAGCAAGCCAUGGCGGUUGAGAAUUGUGGUCGAUAUCAACGGCAAGGGCUCGGUCGAUGUCAACCCAACUGCCGCAUUCGAUCCAUUCAAUCUUUUGACUCCGUCUUUACAUGCUGGUCGUCCAUCGCAUUCAUGGCGGGUAUAUGUCGAUAGCCAGCCAACACUACCGUCCGGCUUCACCACGCACAAAACCACUGCUCGGAAUGACUAUACAGCUGCACGAUUGCGAGCGGGAAUCACCUCACCGGCAGAAACAUCGGAGGUUCUAGUGAUCAAUCCGAGAGGUGAAAUUAUGGAGGGAAGCAUUACCACCCCAUACUUCCGGCGUCGUGGGCCGAUCUCCAGGCUAUCUGGUCAAGACUCGGCCGAGUCUGCUUGGAUUACGCCGCCUCUGAGCAGCGGCGGCAAUGCCGGGACAAGCAGAAGAUACGCUCUAUCACAAGGAUUCUGUGUGGAAGAAGUUAUUCCGCAGCUUGACCUUGUCGAUGGCGAGGAAUGCUGGUUAAGUAAUGGGGUCCGCGGGUUUAUGCCCGGCGUAGUUGUACUGGGUCGUCAAGUCGAAAAGCAAAUUUAA